UUAUCUUCCUACUAUUGCUUUGGUAUCUGUUUUAGAACAUGUUGCUUUGACAAAAUGUUUUGGUAGAAUUAAUGAUUACAAAAUUGACCCAAGUCAAGAAUUAGUUGCCAUAGGAGUAACAAAUACACUUGGAUCAUUUUUUGGUGGAUAUCCAGCAACCGGUUCAUUUUCACGUACUGCUGUUAAGGCGAAAUCUGGUGUAAGAACUCCUUUAGCUGGAAUAUUUACUGCAAUUAUAAUAAUUUCAGCUUUAUUUUUUUUGACACCCGCCUUCUUUUAUAUUCCCGAUACUACUCUAUCGGCGAUAAUUAUUCAUGCCGUUCUCGGUUUAGUAUCAGAACCUGCUUAUGUAAAACAAUUAUGGAAAAUUCAAUUUUGGGAUUUUGCUGUAUUCUUUACCGCCGUAGUGG